AUUACAUUAUUAUUGGGCACUAUAUGUGAUUGUGUCAUAGAGUUAGAUCUAACUAUAGACCUGGUUCUAUGAUGAUCUAACUAUAUGGAUAGUGCCCAUGUCGACGUGUGUACGUUGGCCUCACAAAACUCCAAACUAUUUCACGAGAGGGCGGCAAAAAUCUUACUCACUGUCAAAAUUUGGAAGAUGGCGUCGUCUCCGACCAAAACUUCGACUUUGAAGAAGGAGAAAAAAGAAGAGUCUUUCCUCGAAAAAGUCACAACACUUGGCAGGAGGAAAAAGAUUAAGGACCUCAAAGAAGUGAAUGACCUGAACAGCGAUGGCAGGAAUGCCCUGGAGGCACCAGCCAGCCCUGUGGAGCUGACCCCAGACAACUUCAUCCUCGAGAAUGGAGAGGAGAGGUCGAUGAUUGAGCCAGACUCCAGAGAGGACCCCAAACUCAAGGAGCUUAUACAGGUGCUGAUGGAUUGGAUCAAUGAGGAGAUGAAAGAACAAAGAGUCAUUGUGCGAGAUCUUGAGGAGGAUCUCUACGAUGGACAGAUUCUGGGGAACCUCUUAGAGAAACUUGCAGGGAUCAAGCUGGAGGUUCGGGAGGUGAUGCAGUCGGAAGUCUUCCAGAAGCAGAAGCUGCAGGUGGUGCUGGACACGGUCAACAAGCUCAUGAGUCUUCCCCGAUGGAACCAACAGAAGUGGAGUGUGGACAGUAUCCACUCCAAGAAUCUUAUAGCAAUCCUCCACCUCUUGGUGGCGCUCGCGUUUCAUUUCAAGGCGCCGAUCAGAAUUCCGGAGUAUGUGUCAGCAAAAGUCGUCGUGGUUCAGAAAAAAGACAAUCUGCUGGUCACCAACAGAGUCACGGAAGAAAUCACUACAACAAAUGAGGCAAUCGGAGGGAGAUUUGAGAGGGAUGCAUUUGACACACUCUUUGACCAUGCACCGGAUAAACUCAAUGUUGUGAAGAAGUCUCUCAUCAGUUUUGCUAACAAACACCUUAACAAGCUCAACCUGGAAGUCACAGAUCUCGACAAUCAGUUUCAUGAUGGUGUGUAUUUCAUCUUGUUAAUGGGACUCCUAGAAGGUUACUAUGUACCCCUCUACCACUACCACGUCACGCCAAUGCUCUUUGAAGAAAAGGUUCACAACGUAUCAUUUGCUCUUGACCUCAUGGAUGAUGCUGGACUACCUAAAGCUAAAGCAAGGCCAGAGGAUGUAGUCAACCUCGACCUGAAGUCAACAAUGCGAGUCCUGUACAACAUUUUCACCAAGUACAAGCAUCUGACAUAGGGGCCAGCCGAGGGGGCUUAUUUGCUCUUUGCAACAUAGACAACUCACUCUUGCCUGUCUUUAGAGGGCGACUUAUAGCCACUACUGUAAAGUUACAUUAUUUUCAUUUGUAAAAAAAAACUGCUUCAGUUAAUAUUUAGUACUGUUUGGUGGAUUUUUCUCCCCAACCUUUAACAAUCUCAGUUGAAUUGAUAAGAAGAAAAAAGGUCUGAACUUUUCAUGUUAAAAUAUUACUGUAAAAAAGAUAGAGAGUAAAGAUUAGAUGGACAAACAGAUUAGUAUAUCAAAUGAAAACAAGCUUUUCCGAGUUCUUUGAAGCUGGGAAAUGUAUUAAGGUCUGAAGUUGCAUUUUAGCUCAAUACAUGUGUACACUGUAGAUUAAAUAUUGCAGCUGUUGUGGCCUACCCUCUAAACUUGUAAUCCCCUCCCCCCAAGCACCUUUGUAAAAAAGAAAGCCUCUCUUCAUGCAGGUACCUUUUGUAUUGCAUAUAAUUUAAUUUUUGGUUUGGUGAUGGAUAUGAUUUGAACUCUUGUGUUCAGACUGAUUCCAAAGCUAGGGUUUGGGAUAUGGGAAUUGCUGCUGAGACAAUCAAGGAAAUUUGACAGCUUUUGAGGGUCUUGUCGAAGUUUGCACACGCAUUUGUUUGAUGCAGAAGGCACGGUUUUUGCCCGACUGUUUACAGACCAUGCAAGGUACACUCAACUCUCUCUACAAGCUAGAUUGCCUAGUAACUGUAGCCUUGUUGCCAGAGGACUGGAAAAACAAAGUUACAGCGUCCUUUAAACGAAGAGUCGAUUGUACCCUUACCUGCUCUUAAACGUGGUGCAGGAGGAGUUAAGUUUGAGAAAGACGAUAUUUUAAGAGUAUGUGGGUUUGGGAUUUAUGGUGUAAUGUUAGACUGCGGGACCUGAAAAAAAUGCCCCCUUUGUGUUUGUCUGGGGAUCUCUGGUCAGUUUGUGUGUGUGUGUUCUUUUUUAAUUGAGGGGGGUUUUGUUAUGUCAAAUUUAUGUCAUAGAAACGUUUAACCAAACUAAAAGUCUUCUGUAAAAUGAGUGAACUUAUCGCAUGAGUUUCACUCACAAAAGCAGAUAGUGUUUCCGCUAGGCUCGUGUAUUUCCGUAGGUCCCUAUUGGCAGAAAUUUUGUCACCUAAUGUCCCUGCAUUAAGCAUCAGUGAUUUUUGUGAUGGGACUUGGUACGACCCAGAUUUGGUUCUGAUUACUUUAAAGUCUAAUUGUCAAACACAUCAAAGAGAAAUCAUGAUGUGAUUUGUUUGCUGGGGUUUUUUUUUCAUGAAUGAUUUCCCGCAACACUCGACACUCUCCUGCGAUAAAGAUUAGUACCAGUAGUUGUCUAGUUCCUUGAAUUUUUCCGCAGGUUGGGGAACUUCACUCUGCAUAUCCCCUCCUCCUGUCAUGAAAAACUCGAGGAUAAAUUUCUGCCUCCACCCAUAGGGUUUUUCCUUUAACCCGCUUUUGCCACUUCCGUCUAUCAUAGGCCUAGUUGUGUGUGCCGCGCCUUCUCUUGAGACGACCAAGGUAAGUCAUUCAAUGAGGUCAAUGUAUUACAGUUUAAUAUUACUUCCUGUCAUGAACUCGGCACCGUUAAUGAGAAAGUGUUCAGAGUCUUCAUCGGGACCCUUCCACAAGGCAUUUGGGGUCCGUCUACCGCUGCGUGUCCAAACAUGUCUCGGAAUUCUGAUAAAAUGGCCUGAAAAGUCACAGGGAGACGUGCACAUCCGGAUCUGUUUAUGAUUUUUUUUUUCAUCACAAGUGGAAAUGCACUGAAUCAAACACAAAACUUGACACAACCCAACAGGACGAGUCGCAGGUCACCAGAGUUGCUAUCAAAGGUACAUGUACUGGCCCCUAAACGAUUUUGCACUGUGGAAAUCAAGCAAAUCUAUCAGCGUCGUAUCCUACAUCUGUGUUCACAAAGAUGUCAAUUGUAAAGUGAUAUUCCAGAAUGGAAACCUUAGGAUCGCUACUUCACUUCUGAAUGAAAAAAAUAAUAAUUUUUUAAGAUGUAGGCCUACUUGAGACAGUUUCGGAGAAAUUCUUAGCAUGUCACUCUCCAAGCGAAGCUUUAAAAAUUUGCAACAUUGUCUUACGCUACUCAAAAAAGUUAAAGACCUUUAAUUUGUUUAUACUUCUUAUGUUAGAUAUUUUACUGCUGAAAAUACCUUCUUACAACUGUCUAAUUUUAAUUUUUUUUAUUCCAAGGAGAACACUAUCUCUUGACAAAAGGUGAAAGAACUAGACCCCACUCAUUGCUUGAAAAAAAUUACAAGCUAAGAAGUGGUCCUUAACUUUUUGAGUAGUAUAUUUGUGAGAACGCUUCGCUGUAUUACAGGGUGCAGUUGGGGGAAAAGUUUACAUACACUCGGUAGAAAAACAGUUUUCCUAAAUUUGUCGCUGUUUGAAAUAGUUUUGCCAACUGUUUCUUUAGGAGGUCAGACAAAGUAUAUCUCAACUUAAUGUUCGAAGUGUGUGCUUCAGUUGUCAUUUAUUAUGGUUCAAAAUAUUAAUGUUUCUGAAAAAUUAUUUUGUGAAAAUUAACAUUUACCCCCUUAGGCCUAUUUUCGUUUAAAAAACACCAGAAAUUGGUCCAAUGCGACAAUGAGAUGUGACAAAAAUACAGAAAGUGGCAGUAAAUUUUAGGGUUGGAGUAUGUAAAAGUUUGAUUUCUUUGUAAAUAUAAAUAUGAAUCAUACAUUUAUCUCUGGAUGUUUUUAUUUGACGCAUACACCAUGUACAUUACGUAGAAACUUAUCUUCAAGUUGGUAGGAAUGAGUAAAGUUGUGAAAUUUGAGGCAAACGUUUCGUUCUUUCAGGUGUAUGUCAACUUUUUGCCCCAGCUGGAAAUUGAAAUACCCAUUGCCGUAAAGGACACGGAUCUCAAAGUCUCUUGUGGCAGAAAUGCAAAAUUUCUGGUCAUAGGUUAAUUUGAAUCACAUUUCAUUUCAUAAAUUGCUGGACGAGAUGAGGAGAUUUGUAGGUUGUAUACAUGUAUUAUAUUCUUAUCUGAUGUCUGCUAAGUGUUGUAACAAAAGUAAUCCGUGUCAGAUUGUAUUUCAGACAGUGAUACCCCUUUGCUUUUCAUGGGUUAGCGCGUAGUUGCUGUUAUUUGCUUCACUCGGACAAAUCCCAUUAUUUAUUUCUUUUGACAAAUGCUAGUUACCUGCAUACACGCAACAGUCGUAUUGGCUAUAAAUUGUAUUAUAUAUCACAUAGCAACAUUAUGACAUUAUGCAACCAAAUCAGGAAUGAUUCCUAAAAGUGUUACGAAUGCACAAAGGUGUGUUAUUAACAUCCAUUUAUGACUUCUUUGUUUUUAAGUCAACAAAUAGAUUGCCAGUUGUGGGUUCCAACGCAUUACCUGUAUAUUUUAAAGUGUAUCAUUGGUGCUGUUCUUCCUUUUCAUCAGUCUCCCGAUCAGCGUUUAUUUUCAUAGAGACAAGAUAUUCAAAUUAAUAUUUAUGACAGGUAAUACAUGUUUAAGGUUGUAGAUAUCUCGGUAGAAACUAACCACAUUACUUAUUGAUUAUUUCGAAUGUCGGUGCAAACCAAGGCGGUUUCAGUUGGGGGAGGGUGAUUUUCAUUCAAUUCGAAAAGCUUUUAUCCUCUCUCGUAGACUGUCUCUUCAACCCCCCAGGGUGUAUGUAAAAUCAUAUUGAAAUUGGAGGAUUUGGGACUAUUAGGGUUACGUCUGUUCUGGGGGUCGGCGAUUUUUGCUGUUAUGUGCUCUUUUCAGAAUCCCGUACAAGUGAAUGGACUUCUAAAGGGGAUUUGUUGGUUGAAAUCGUUGAAUUAUUUGUGUGACAGGUGAACGGGUCAUUUAGUGAAUCUUCAGCCAGUUCACUCCGUAAUACUUUUGAUAAUCACUAGAUUGUGUCGAUUUUCCUGGUUUGCCAUCGAUAUUUAUAAUAAUAGUUUAAAAAGUUCCACUUCUUGGUUGCUUUCCAUUCGGGAGGAAAUUUACAACAAACCUGAGCAGGAGCUAAAAAAUUGAUUGAAUUGCUUCUUCAUGUGGUCUUUGAAUGUUUAAUUCAAUAUAAUUAUCUUCCUUAAAUUGUUUAUUUUUCUUUCUGAAAAUUAUGGAUUCUGAUAUCCACCAAAACCUUGAGCAAAUGAAAUCAACCAAACAAUUCAGUCAAUUGGAGGUCACAUGGUACAUUUGUGGAAGAAAUUAAAUCUUUGGAAUGAGUAUUGGAUUCGACAGCCGCUGUAUAUAAACAUUCAAAGUGAUUCAUUAGGUAAUUUAUAACCGUAAUGUAUAUUUUUACAACAUUAAACAAGCAAGUUUGUCAUGGAUAUUACAAAUGCA